AGUCGGUGUGUAAAUACUGUAACACUCGUGCAGCUGCAUGUCGCUGGUUUGGAAGAGAUGUUCAAAAAACAAAUGACUGUCAAAAAUUGUAUUUAGACUGACAGUAGUCAUGAAACUGUACCAGACUCUCCGUAAUGUUAACAACUUCAGGACUGUUUUCGACUUUGGUGGGAGGGACGUGGCUCACUGGUUCCCCGGACACAUGGCUAAAGGACUCAAACAGAUGAGAGCCAGCCAGAAGAGCGUGGACUGCAUCAUAGAAAUCCACGAUGCCAGAAUCCCCUUCUCUGGAAGAAAUCCUGUGUUUCAGGACUCACUCAUUAUCAGACCACAUCUGCUUGUUCUCAACAAGAUGGACCUCGCUGAUGUGUCAAACAAGCAGAGGAUCUUGAAAAAGCUCAAACAGGACGGGAUGAAGGACGUUCUUUUUACAGACAGUUUAAAACAGAGAGAUGACAGCAUCAAAAAGUUGGUGCCAAAGGUGCUGGAAAUUAUUGAAAACCAGCCGCGCUAUAACAGAGAAGAGAAUAGACACUACUGCCUGAUGGUGAUAGGAGUGCCCAAUGUGGGGAAGUCAUCUCUUAUUAAUUCACUGAGGAGAACAAACAUGAAAAAAGGUCGUGCAUCUCGAGUGGGGGGAGAGCCAGGCAUAACUAGAGCUGUCCUGACUAAAAUCCAGGUGUGUGAGAGGCCCAUGAUAUACCUGCUUGACACACCAGGAGUAUUGCCUCCUAAGAUAGAGAGUGUGGAGACUGGCAUGAAGCUGGCAUUAUGCGGAACUAUACUGGAUCAUCUAGUGGGUGAAGACGUUAUGGCUGACUACUUACUCUAUUCUUUAAACAGACUUGGGAAGUUUAGUUAUGUGGAGAAAUAUGAUCUCCAAGAGCCCAGUGACGACAUCCAGCAUGUCCUCAAACACAUUGCUGUAAAACUCAGAAAGACUCAGCGGGUCAAAGCUUUCACUGGAAUUGGAAACAUCACUGUCACCAUCCCAAACUACACAGCAGCAGCUUACGAUUUCAUAAGGGUCUUCAGAAAAGGAGAACUGGGACAAGUAACGCUGGACUGAUGUGAAUUUUUUUUUAUAAUUCUUCACUCAAGUGUCAUUAGGAGAAUCUAGUCUGAAUGUGCCCUGAUAAGAUACCAAACCUAAAAUCUGUUACAAUUAAAACUAUUUGACUUCA